UUACCGAACAAUUCAGACUGAAUCAAAAACAAAAUACAUAUCAUUGGGUGACAGACGUAAUCGAGAUUUUUAUUGAGUAAAAAACUAGCAAAAUUAUUAGUUACAUUUGGAAGGUAUUCGGCAUGGAAGACCUCCAGCCUUCCACAAGUAAAGAGGCGAGAAGCAGUAAUCCUGAUGACGACAAGGAUGAUUUUGAUGGUGCAAGUAGGGAUGGAGCUGCAACUAACAGUGAAUCGUCACGAUCACUAUCAAGUGAUCAUUUGAAUCGAAGCAGAAUGGACUUAGCAGCUGCUAGUCCAGAUUUACCAAAACCUUCAUUGGGCAAGCCUACAGCUAAACGCGUAGAAAAGAAAAAGCCCAAGAAAACAAGCAAAAUUGAGAAACGCAAAAGACCAAUAAGUCGGCGUCAAGUUAUAAGAAGGGCGCCGAGACGAAAGCCCAGAGCGAGAAUGAAUAGAAAAAGAGACCUUUCUGCGUCGACUAUUUACUCCAGGCUGACGUCAAGUGGCAUCCUUACCCCUGGAUGUGAGCGUUGUGGCCACCGCUGCUGCCGAAGAAGUAUAAUUGUUAGAUUCGAAAUGGAACUGCGAAGAUGGAAGCAGCUUGCAAAAAAGGGGAUAAGAAAAAUAUCUCCGAAACGAAAGUAUAACAAAUCAAAAAGAAAGACCAAUUGUAACAUAGAAAUCUCAGAAGCUGUGCAAGUUGGCUCCAGAUCCAUAAUGUUAUCGCCGUUGCUUAUCGAUUCCUCGCCAAUGCCAGUAGAAUCGGCGGCUUCUGCUCAAGACUAUUCUGAGAUUACACCAGAAAUGAUCUAUGAAACCGUCAAAAGACUUUCAAUGUGGAGGCAAAACGUGGAGACGAUGGCAAUACAUGACCACAUAUCGCGGGAUUAUCCGGUCAAUCCGGAUAAGGAAGCUUCGUUUGCAGAGCUUCUAGAGAAACUGAGGAUAGCUGCUAUUGUUGGUUUUAUCUGUCAAACUUCAGAUGACACUUGGAGUCUUUGUGGAUAUUUAGAAAGGCGGAAACUGGCCACGAGCCAUGUGUCACUUUUUUGGAAAAUAUACACGGACACAAUGAAACCAAUAAGCAGAAAUCUGACGGUAAAUAGCGACUAGUCAUUCGGUUCAAGAUGGCCGUAUCUAAAUGACGUCACAUUUACCAAUGAUAGCAUUGCAGUCCAUAGUGUUGACCAAUGAUACUCUGACUAACGUAGGUAUCUAA